UUCGAUACAUAAGGAUAAAUGUGUGAUGUACACGUAAUCAAAUUGGUUGUGUUUUUGAUCCCCCCCUCAGUUCGCUGAGAAUGAAGAGUCCCAAUGCAGCAAGGCUUCAAUAAGCCAGUUUGUUGCUGCCCAAAGCCAAGGCUCUGAAGUCGGUUAAUAGGGAACGUCGAGCAUCCUCGGGUCUGUGCUCAUCUGUUUUUCGCACUUAAGGCAUCACUCCCACACAAACCGAGAGUCCGCAGCCACUGGAGGAGAAAGGAGACGCAGAAGGUAACCCUGAACCGGUCAACACCUGAGAAACACACAGCUGGUUGUUGCCAAACAGGACCCCGGCUAUGUAAUAACGAGGUGCGUCUGCUCCUAACAGAAACCUCCGGUAAUAAAGCAAUCCUUCCUGCUUUUUGCGUAAUAGCCGUCUACUUUGGGGGAAACUAUAACCUGCAGGCUGCUGACAACAAAGCCUUCAGCACGGCUCAGAGCGAGAGCAGCAGCGAGGAGGCUUUGGAGAACUGGAUAUGGCGUCCUGCUCCGAAUCUCCAUAAUUAAAACCAGCACUGACUUUGCACCCGAUGUGGGUUACGGUUCUGUCCAAACGUUCGGCGAAUUUCCAGAAAAAAGACAACGUGUGCGGUCGUGUUUCCAUCAGCUGCUGACGAUUCUGAAGAAGAGCAACAAGAUGAUAGCAUCCUGAGGCUCCGGGCCAAACGCUUGUCCAAAUGCGAAGCCGAAACACGUCUGCGUGAUCUGACGACGAACGAAGAGAACCUUCUCAAACAACUUGAACCACAAAAAUACACAAGUCUAACAAAAGGAGCAUCCAAAAGGAGGAGGCUUCCCAGCUGCCUGCGCGUCUACACCCAGUCUGCAUCCCGUACGUGCGCUGGAUCUGUUUAUUUAUCAUCGGGGGGGGAGGAGGCUGAUCGAUCUUGGAGCAUGAAGCCCAGCUGCUGAGACGGCGCUCGCACACACUCCGCUUACCCGGCUGGAUGUGUGUGUCCCUUGCCGGAGUCCAGAGCCGAAAACACCACGGCGGCCUCCCGGAGCCCAGCGGAGAUGCCCACCGAGACGCUGCCGCCAGAUAGCAAGGCGUUGGGCGCUGGUGGCGCCGUGGCAUCGGCCGUACCCCUCCGAAUCCUGAACAAAGGUCCCGAAUACUUCAGACGAGCAACCGAACCCAACCCAAAGCGCCUGAGUGCUGUGGAGCGACUUGAGGCUGACAAAGCCAAGUACGUCAAGAGCCAGGAGGUGAUCAACGCAAAGCAGGAACCGGUGAAGCCGCAGGUGCUUGCAAAACGGAGCCCGGGGGUGAGUUCGGCUCUCAAAGCCUCGAAUAAUAAUGCCAAGUCAGACACCUGCGCCAGCACCAAGCGUGAAAAUCUCAACCUGGAGAUCCUGAAGAACCUGCUCAACAGCUCAUCUUCAGCAGAAGGACCUGCUAAAAGCUCGGUUGCCAGGAGCUGGGCGCCAGAAUCCGGGCAUCGUUCCUUUCCGGAGUCCCUAAAUGUCCCGGCUGCGGCCUUUCAGGGCCGGAAAAGCCCCCAGAACCUGAACCUUAGCCGUGGACUUAUGGAGAACCACGGGGCCGAGGGCGAUCGUUUACCGCUCCAUGCCUCUCAGAGCUCCUCGGACAUCCGGCGGUUGUGUAACGGGAAGCCGUUCCGUUCGGGACGCAGCAGCAGCAGCAGCUCGGCUCCUCCGCUGCCCCCAAAACCAAGCGCAAAGGCUUUAGGAAUCUCUGACAACACAAAAUGUCCAGCUGAAACGGAAAGAGAAGCUCGCCGGCCCUCGCUGCAUCGAUCCAAAUCGGACUUGAGCGACCGCUUGGCUCGGUCCGGCGCAGACGCCGAGAGGUUCUUCAACUACUGCGGCCUGGAACCAGACGAGCUCGAGGGUUUCGUCGAAGGCUUCGGUCGCGCCAGCUCCGACAUUGUAUCACUGAACUUCCGUAGCGCCAGCAUGAUCAGCUCGGACUGCGGCCGCUCGCGGCACACCGACGACAACGACGACCUUUCCAACGAGGACGAGGACGAGGAGGAGCGAGUCCCCUACGGGAUCUCUGCUGUGGAGCGCAACGCUCGCGUCAUCAAGUGGCUCUAUAGCAUCAAGCAGGCGCGAGAAUCUCAGAAAGUCUCGCACGUUUGAGGUUUUGAACAAGCCUCUCGCGUGUCUCACUUCUGACUCGGUAUUUCGAUGAACAAGUGCACUGUCUUCAUCUUGAAGGACUGACUGGCGAAACAAAGCCGUUUUGUUUUUCUUUAUAGGUUUACAGCUUUUUUUCUUUUUUCUAAGUUGCUUUCCAGGUCUUCAGAUUCUGCAUGACUUCUUCACACAAAUCACGAAUACCCACGGCCUCCGGCUUGUCGCGUGUCCGUUAAAAGAACAACUCCAGUUCUGAGUGGGCUUAUUGUUCUGUUCUUUCUGCCUCUGUAUGUCAGCUAUCUUUGUUUUCCGUCUCUGUUUGGGCGCACUGAGCCAGGAAGCCAUACGGGAAUGAAUGCAGAGCAUCAGUGUCUUUUAGAUGUCGUUCCUCCUUUAGUUUUCUCUCUUUGCUUGUUUUUUUUUUUUUUGUUUUUUUUUAAACGUGUGUGUAUAUCUGUGUGUGAUUGAGUGUUUGAGAAUCAGUGUUGCAGAAGCAUGUGUGACCCAGAAAACGACUUCUUUUUUUUUUAAAAAAAAUUAUAAUAAUGGCUUCCAUUAAGAUGAUUACACACCACAUCGUGUAGUUCCUUCUAUUUAGUUUGUCGUCCAUAACGCUCUCGUUACGAUACUACUUAUUGUUUUGAUCAGUGUAAAUUCUGUAAGAUUAUGUAUAUAAUUUUCAAUUUCUUGUCAAAGAAAAUCAUAAAGUAAAACAAACACAAAAAAACAAAACCCAAUCCCUGGUCUUGUGUGAUGAAGAUCCUGCUAUGCCGUUCCAUCCCCUAGCUCUCGCUUUGGUCUUUUUUUUGGGGGGGGGGUUCGCAUUGCCAGUCUGUAUCCAUGAUCAGCUCUGUACAUCCCUGCUCUUAUAACAACAUUAAAUGUUAGGUAUGUUCCACCUGGAGUUGUUCCUUAAAGAUUUGUUUCCGUUAGUUAUUUUGAAUUAUUUCAAUAAAUGGCUAAUUGGCCAUAUCUUUUGCCAUCAGUCA